CCUGGGUGGCACCUUCACCCUACAGCAGCUCUCUGGCUCAUACAGAGAGACAAAGGCAGCCUCAGGAUCCUCUGCUGAUUUCACCAUCCGUCAGGUGGACUUUGUCCAUGAAGGAUCCUACUACUGCCAGUACCAAACACGAGUGUCUGGACGUAACUUCAACUCUUCUCACAGUGACUCUGUCAGUUUUUCUGUAAUUGUUACCCUGCCAAAACCACGCCUGUCCCUUCAAACUGGAAAAGAUCCUGCUUUGGGUGAACCUCUCCAGAUGAGCUGCUCCAUCUCCACUCAGUACCUGGGUGGCACCUUCACCCUACAGCAGCUCUCUGGCUCAUACAGAGAGACAAAGGCAGCCUCAGGAUCCUCUGCUGAUUUCACCAUCCGUCAGGUGGACUUUGUCCAUGAAGGAUCCUACUACUGCCAGUACCAAACACGAGUUUCCGGUCGUGACUUCACCUCAUCUCACAGUGAUUCAGUCACCUUCUCUGUAGAUGUGCCCCUGCCACAGCCCGCCAUCUCUGUCAGUGGCCCAGAUGGAGAGCUUCCAUGGGGUAGACAUGGCCCAGAGGCCCCCCGGGAUCAAAGCUUCUCCAUCGUCUGCUCCAUCCAGUCACAGUACCCAGGAGGCUCUUUCCACCUCGUCUCUGAUGGCUCUGAUGAGAUCCGGACUGAGCUGGCUGUCAAUAACUCGGCCUCUUUCUUCUUUCCUGCGGCUGACUUCACCCACGAGGCAAACUACAGCUGCCUCUAUGAGGUUACUUUGACAGGUCGUCUCUUCACCUCAACAAGAACAGAUGAACUUAGCAUGUCUGUACGAGAGCUGACUUGGAUGGAAUGGAUACACACCUCUGUCACCUCUGCACACCCUAUUGUCUUCUACUGUGGAGCAAUACUUGGACUGAUGCUAUUGCUGGUUCCCAUCGCAGUGUGUAUACUGCGGAAGAUGAAUAGAGGCCAGGAAUAUGUGGUGAAUGACGAGUACUGGGCUAUGACAACAUAUGACGCCUCCUUCAAUGUCACCGAAAAUCUGUGAAGAAUUGAAGAUUUCACAUGACAUGAAUGCAUUUUUCAUUUUAAUUUUUCAUUUUUCAAUGCAAUGCAGU